AUGUAUAGGAAGCCACCUUUAUUCACCACAAUAACCAGAAUUACAGUUAUAGAAGAUGGAAAGACUUCGCAGUCUCAAGAUUAUCAAUGGGAUCAAGGAGAGGCAAGUGGGAGUAAUAAUAGUAAUGGAAACGGAUUUGACGAGAGUAGUGAAGGAGAAAGUCCGGAAACUGGUACCAAAUUAGCUGGAGUAAAAAGAAAGUUGGUAGACGAAGUGAUUGUCAUUGAUGGAGACGAUGAGAAUUCCAUUCUAUCCAGAAGAUCAAAACGUCUCGUUGAAAAUGACAGUCAA